AUGUGGAGUUACCAGAGGACAGGCUCUCUUACUCAGAAAAAUACAUUCAGAUCUGAAGUAGAAUGCAGAUUUACCAACACAGGGUCCACAGGGUCUAAGCUGGAAUGUAAAGGUACCAACACAGGGUCCACGGGGUCUAAGAUAGAACGAAGAGUUACCAACACAGGGUCCACGGGGUCUAAGUUGGAAUGUAGAGGUACCAACGCAGGGUCCACAGGAUCUAAGCUGGAAUGUAAAGGUACCAACACUGGGUCCACAGGAUCUAAGCUGGAAUGUAAAGGUACCAACACAGGGUCCAUGGGAUCUAAGCUUGAAUGUAGAGUUACAGGGUCCAACACUGGAAUGGAGUCCACACAGGGUCCAUCUAAGCUGGAAUGUAGAGUUAACCGCACAGGGUCCAUGGGAUCUAAGCUGGAAUGCAGAGCUACCAACACAGGGUACACAUGA